AUGGGUACGCUGCCCAACACUCUUACUCAGACAUCUAAAGGCUACGACCAGCUUCGCCGCAAGUUCUUCAACGAGCGUAUCCCCGACAUCCAUCCCACAGAGAUCAAGAUUGGCGUCCGUUCCGGCGGGCACCUGUUCUUCUGCAACGCGCUCCUGGGCGGCGGCCUCCUCAUCGACACGCGCAACCUCAACCGGGAGAUCACAUACGAUGCCGCAACCAAGGUUGCCUCAGUCAGUCCCGGCCACAAGGUCGAGGAUGUGACGAACUAUCUCAACGCUCGCGGCAGAUUCUUCCCAGCGGGCCACUCGCGGUCCGUCGCCGUCGGCGGUUUCUUGCUUGCGGGUGGCCAAGGCUGCUUCCUCCGUGGAUGGGGCUACACUGCCCCUAGCUGGAUCACGCAGCUGGAAGUCGUCACCUCGGAGGGGGAGACGGCGGCUCCGGGCAGUGGGCAGGGCUACUUUGGAGUAGUGACGAAGAUCUGGGUCAAGACGAUCCCAGCAAGAAGGCUCUUUGACACGACCAUCAUCGUCGAUUCAACAGAUAUCUUCAAGCCGCUACUCAAGUGGGUUUUUAAAACGUCCAAGAAGGUUCCCAAGUACGGCGUAGAUCUAUUCUACUGCACAUUCUACGCCGACAAGGAUGACCCCAACGGCGGCCACGAGUCAGCCGCCAAACGCGUCUUCUUCGCCAUCAACGAAACCAUCUUUGCCGAUUCUUUCGAUGAGGCGAAAGUCCUGGCGAGUCCCUGGGAUGUGUUCCCUGACGAGUUCAAGAAGCACAUCGUCACGACUGUCCCAUUGGCGUCUGACGAUAAGGUCAUUAACGCCAUCACCCCGGCUUUGUACGACCUACCAUCUCGUCUCUCAUCCGGCACCCUAUGUCCGAUGGAUUAUUACCCUGACGAGGAAGACCAGGCACUCAGCUUACCCCAGAAGACCUAUGUGUCGACCAUGUGCUGCUGGAAGGAUCCCAAGCAGGACGCGGCUAUGGACAAGUGGCUGCUCGACGCGUAUACCAAGGCAGACGAGGUCUCGUGUGGUGUAUAUAUGGCCGAUUUCAACGUCAUGACGGAUUCUGCACUGAAGAAAUGGCUUCAGAUCAGGGGCAAAUGGGACCCUUCUGAGACCUUCAUCGGCCACCGGGGCUUCAGCAGUGUUCUGGAUGACAAGUCAGGCGUUAGCACCAAGCUAUGA